AUGAAGUUCAAGUCUACUCUCGUGGACAUUCCAACACUAGCGCGAAUCGCACAAUCUCUCGCAGUUAUGAACAAAGUCUGCUGGCUGCGUCUGUCCAAGACCACGAUCCAGUUCAUUGUCAGGCAGCUGUCUUCAGCUACUCAAGUCUGGGCAUCUAUCCCUGCUGAAGCGCUGUUCAGGCAGUACACUAUAGAGUCCAAUGCAGACAAUGUCAUCAAUCUAGAGCUGUCUGUGGAUGAGUUUGGCAGGCUUCUACGAAACAUGGUCAGCAAUAGCGAGGUGACGGUCAAAUUGACCAAGAGAAGCGGCUAUCCGAUGCUCUCGUGCAUGUCUACAUUCUACGGAAAGCAUGGUGGAGCCAACACAGUGACGAAUGACCUCAAUGUGCGAGUUCUGCCUAGUCAGUCGAUCGAUGAAAUUCAAGAGCCAGAUGUCGGUGAGCCAGAUGUGGUCAUUAUGUUGCCCUCGCUCGUACAGCUGUCGUACAUCUCCAACAGUCUCAAGACCCUGGCUGAUCGACUCAUCUUGUCUGCUAAUAUGGAUGGCAAAUUCUCAGUUGGCAUCGACACGCCUGCCGUCAAGACUGAGACUAUGUUUACGAAUCUUGCUCACCCAACAUUCAAUCAAGCAGCGUAUGAUGGUCCAGUUGAGGAGUUACCCGUCCAGAAGAGAGACAAGCAGCAAUUUUGCCAUCUUCGCAUCGAUGCCAAGGACUGGUGUAACCUACUCAGGAUCGGACCAAUUGCCAAACGCGUGGUGGCUUGCUUCUGCGAAGAUCAAGUCCUGGUCAUCUAUGUGCAUCUUGCAGAUGAAGAUGACGAAGCCGAACAGAAUGCUCAUGCUGCUGUCUUGACGUACUAUAUUCCUACUUGCCAGGAGUAG